UAUCAGAUCAUCCAGCUGCUCUCGUGUUAGCUAAUAAUGGAUUCUCUCGUCUGCACAUGUACCUCGUUGAACAACGUGAUGAGUUGCUAAGAGAAGUCCAAACAAUGUCACAGAAUAACUUAGGAUACUUCAUAGGAAUUAGGAAAGACCCAAUCACACAGCAGGACUUCCUUAACAGGAGAUUUGGGAAAUACAGUGAUGAUGACUCCAUUACUUCACUGACUGAGUUUCCUGUACAGAAACACUCGCAACGUCAUUCAGAGCCAGUCCAGCGUACAUUAGCUCUGUCAGAGAAUUGUUUACUGGAGAGGGAUCCUAGUACUUAUGCAAUAGUGACACUGAAGCCUCUCUGCUCUGUCUUCUCUCUCAUAAGGUAUCCUGAAAACCCUCAAAACUUUGCAGUUGAAUACAACACUGGACAGAUUCGACGCUACACUUCAGCUGAUAGGGAUUCACUACUUUGUUCAAUACUUGAUGGAGUCCGUGCCACUGGUAACAAUGACGUGUGUGUUAAAAUGAAACGUACGAUACUCGGCCAGCGUCUAGGGCCCAUGGUCCUCCCAGUGGAGGAGGAGGUGGAGAGCAUGUACCUCAAGCUACUCGGGACAACUCCGCCCGGCCCGUCUUUCAUGACAGCUGUUGAAGAGUUCAAUGCUAAUAUUGGGUACAGUGGGUUGAACCAUGCUGUGACUCAGGAGGGACUUUUUACCGAAAAUAAAGAGAAACUCAUCACUCAAGCUCUUCUCUCUCUCUUAUCUAAAGAUGGCGACCAGUCCUCUCUAUCAGCUUAUGAUCUGGAGUGUCAGUUUCAUUCUUUGAGAAGAUUGGUAGCAUCUAAAGCUGGAUACAGUGCCUUCACUGAACUACCAAAUUUUCGUGAUUCUGUUGGUAAGAAGGUAGUCCGUUCCCUCAAGCGUAAAGAUGAUGGUAUCACUCAUGCUUGUGUUGAUUUCCUGUGUGCCCUUAUGCAACCAAUGCAUGACAACUUUGACCUCAAGCAGGAGCAACUCAACAAGUCGUCUCUCCUCUCCAGUAAAGCUUUCAUUGACAACCUUUUAGAAGUCCUUAGAUCACACAUAAAAUUAGGAACAGGUGCUCUUGUCAUUAGCGCUCUUUUAGAUUUCAUUACAUUUGCAAUAUGUCCUCCUUACAGUGAGACUACCCCUGGUGCCAUGUUUGAUAGUGUUCUUGAGUUGACAGCUGCUCUUAAUCGGGGACUCUUCAAGUUAUUCCAGCAUCCAUCACUCGCUAUUGUUAAAGCAGCUGGCCUCAUUAUGAAAGCUAUUAUUGAAGAAGGUAAUGAGGACAUUGCUAAAAGGAUGCAGGAGCUAGCACUGGCUGAAGGAGCUCUACCAAGACACAUGCACACAGCUCUCUUCACUUCCAGUGCUGACAACAGACUACUGACACACAGACAAUUGAGUCGUCAUUUAAUCAAACUGUGGAUAACUGGUAACCCCACAGCUAAUGCACUCCUACUAAGAAUGCUGCCACUUGGUCUAGUUCAGUAUUUAGAGUCUUCAGAGAAAGCCCCUGAAGACACUGAUAGGAUGCACAUUAGGGAUAAUCUAAAAGCAGUCCAGCUGUCAAGGAAGAAGCUGAAUGUUGUUGAGUCGACACUUCUCCACUGGAGAGCUAGACUACGCUCCAAACCACAGCCCACUGGCCAGCCGGUCACCUUGAGGAAGAGGAGGGAGAAUAUCAAAUCUGAAGCAAACUGGACACUCUUCUAUUACAAAUUUACAAUUGACCAUGCUACUUCAAGCCUAAUAUGGAACUACAAGACGAGGGAGGAGCUUAGGGAGGCCCUGGAGACUGAGAUAAGAUCUUUCACUAUCGACAAAGAUCUCAGCGGUAACGCUGAGAUAUCAUGGAAUCACGUUGAGUUUGAGGUUCGAUACGAGAGCCUCUCAGACGAGAUCAAGAUCGGGGACUAUUACCUGAGACUGCUCCUGGAUGAAGGAGGAUCCACUAAAUUUGUUAAACCGUUGGAGUUUUUCAAUGAUUUAUAUCAUCGGUUCUUACUCUCACCAAAGCCAGCUAUGAAAGCAAUGUGUCUCCAGGCAAUGGCUAUAGUCUAUGGACAGUGUUAUGAAGAGAUAGGACCAUUCAAUGAUACUCCAUUCAUUGUACACAAACUAGAAAGAUGUGAUGACAAGGAGGAGCGUGAUAGACUAUUAAUGUUUAUUGAUAAGUUAGUCUUUCAUAAGAAGAACAUUAAGCUAUUCCUUGAUGCUCACGGGAUGAAGAUACUAGUGGAUCUACUGGCAAUGGCCCACCUACACACCACAAGAGCUUACGUACCAACACAGACCAACGUCAUUGAAGCUGCUCCUGAUCAAGGUGGUAACUCUGAGAAGGAGUGGUACUUUGGUAACCGAGAGAGAGAAAGGGAGGGCCCCUAUUCGUUUGAGGAGAUGAAGGAGCUGUGGACAGGAGAGACGCUACACCCAAAGUCACGCUGCUGGGCUCAAGGCAUGGAGGGAUGGAAGCCAUUGGAUCAGAUAGCACAACUGAAGUGGAACCUAAUGGCGACUGGUACUCCAUUACUGAAUGAGUCAGAAGUUGCUGCCCUUAUAUUGAAUAUGCUCAUUAGAAUGUGUAACAGUUACCCUACUAGAGAUAUUGAUGAUGCUGUUAUCCGUCCACUGCCCCGAGCUAAGAGGAUGCUUUCAGAACCGACUGCCCUCCCUCAUCUUGUCCAGCUGCUGUUAACCUUUGAUCCGUCACUCGUGGAUAAAGUAGUGACACUAUUGAACAACAUAAUGGAAGAUAAUCCACAGUUGCCUCGUUUGUUCAUGAGUGGUGUCUUCUUCUUCAUAAUGAUGUACACUGGCUCCAACAUACUCCCAAUAGCUAAAUUCCUCCAAUACAGUCACACCAAACAAUCCUUCAGACCUGAUGAGCAAGCAACAUCAGAUAUAAUGCUGAGGAGUAUUCUCGGUCAACUGCUGCCAGAGGCUAUGGUCCAUUAUUUAGAGAAUCACGGCCCCGAGAAAUUCAGCUCAAUAUUUCUUGGAGAAUUUGACACCCCAGAGGCUAUUUGGAAUGCUGAGAUGAGGAGACUGAUGAUUGAGAAGAUAGCGGUACACAUUGCUGAUUUUAGUCCUAGACUAAGGAGCAACACUAAAUCCACCUAUCAGUAUUGUGCCAUUCCCAUUAUUCAGUAUCCACAAUUAGAGAACGAACUGUUUUGUAAUAUUUAUUAUUUGCGUCAUUUGUGUGAUACCGUGAAGUUCCCCGACUGGCCAGUCAAAGACCCAGUUAAAGUAUUAAAGGACGUCUUGUUGGAGUGGAAGAAAGAGGUUGAUAAGAAACCCCCAGAGAUGUCAGUGAGUCAGGCUUACGAGACUCUCGGGCUUGAGGUUGGAGUAGGCGGACAUGAGGAGAGCAAGAUCCGUAAGUCUUACUUCAAAUUGGCACAGAAAUACCAUCCAGACAAGAACCCAGAAGGAAGAUCUGUUUUUGAGGCUGUUAACAAAGCCUACGAGUUCUUAUGCUCCAAAUCCGCUCACACGAAAGUCGGACCAGAUCCUGAGCGUAUUGUCCUACUACUCAGAACCCAAUCAAUACUCUUCACUCGCUGUGCUGACACACUCCGCCCAUACAAGUAUGCCGGAUACCCUAUGCUUAUAAAGACCAUCGAGAGGGAGACUGGCGAUGAGGACUUGUUUUCUAAAUCGGCUCCAAUCCUGACAGCUGCUAGUGAAGUGGCCUAUCACACUAUGAACAACAGUGCUUUGAACUCAGAGGAGCUGUGUAGAGAGAAUGGAAUACCAAUACUUCAAGCAGCCUUCACCAGGUGUGUUAAUGUCAUUUCUGAGUCCAGCAAAGAGGAUGACAUGUCUGUCCAGGUCUGUUCGCACAUUGCCAAGUGUUAUAGAGUAUCCUCUCAGUUUGAGGCGUGUCGUGAGUCGAUUGUGGAGACACCCAACAUUGUCAAAGACCUCUGUAGAAUUAUGUAUUAUAAGAACCUUCCAAGAUUAAAUGUAAUAGCAACAGAAACUGCUUCAUCAUUUGCCGUUGAUGAAUGGUUACAGACACAGCUGCUACAAGCUGGUGUCCUUUGGCAUGUGUUACAGUAUAUAUUCAAUUAUGAUUACACUCUUGAUGAAAGUGGAGUGGAAACCAACGAAUCAACCAACCAACAGGAAGUUGCUAAUAAUCUGGCGAGACUUAGUUUGGUAGCAGCUGCAAGACUAGGAGGAUUUAAAUUGGCUGGCAGUGAAGGAACACCUUACAAUAAAGUCAUACAGUCCAUAUUCUCCAACCUACUCACUCCAUACCUAGCUAAACUAAUAUCAAGAAACACAACAAAUGAAUUGCUAAAGAUAUUGAAUAGUAACACUGAGAAUCCUUACCUUAUAUGGGAUAACAGGACCAGAGCUGAACUGACCGACUAUUUGCUGACACAGCAAAAGAGCAUGAUUAGAUCAGGAGAGUGUGAUAUGUCAUUUGGGGAGGAUUUCAAGUACUCCGUGCUAAAGGAUGAACUGGUCAUUGGUGAGGUCUAUAUUCGUGUUUAUAACGAGCAGCCAACCUUUGUACUCGAGGACCCCAAGGGAUUCGCCACUGCAGUACUGGACUUCAUUGGAUCUAAUGCACAAUACCUUCAUUCCUUGAUGGCGAUGACAGCUAGUGACAUUGAUAAAGGGCAGCAUGCUGUGAGACUGAAGAAUGUGGAGAUGGCUCUUGAAGCGUUGUACAACGUCCUCCAUGCUAACCCAGGAGUAGAGAUACAGUGUAUGGGACACUUCAAGUUAUUGUUCUCACUAUUAGGAGUACAGGGAGCUAACAAAGUUCAAAUGUGUGCAUUACAGGUGGUAUCGGCAGUCACUGGUAAUAAGAGCUGUGUCUCUAAUAUAGCUGAUUCUAAUGUUCUACAGUAUCUCAUGAUAGUACUGCAUUCUCUACCAGCAUCUCAUAGUUUAGUUUUAGAAGUUUUACAAGCUUUAACAUCGCACACUCAAAUAGUCAAAGAAUCCAUUCAGAAAGGUGCUCUUAUAUAUCUGUUAAAUCUCUUCUGCAAUUCUCAGAAUUCUUCAGUGAGAGAGCAAACAGCUAAUCUCUUUGCUAAGAUGAUAACUGAUAAACUGGUUGGUCCUCGUGUUAGGAUUGUACUAGGAAAGUUCCUUCCUUACAUAUUCAUGGACGCCAUGAGAGACAGUGCAGAAGCAGCUGUCAUUAUGUUUGAAAAUACGCAAGAGAAUCCUGAGCUAAUCUGGAACGAUGAGUCAAGAGAGAAAGUUUCUGACAUGAUACAAACAAUGACAAAUGAAUUUUUCCUGCAACAGAAAGAUAAUCCUGAAAUCAUAUGGAAGUUGCCUGAGGAUUUUGCUGUAGUCUAUUCUCAGAUACAAGGAGAGGUUGAAGUAGGAGGAGUCUUCCUUAGACUCUUCAUUGCUCAACCGAACUGGGUGCUUCGUAAACCCAAAGAGUUUCUCAUUGCUCUCCUUGAGAAGUUUAGUGUCCUCAUACAGUCACACUCGCCAGAUGGUGAGGUACUAGAGACAGUGACUCAAGCUACAGUGUGUCUAUUCAGUGCUCAACCAGCAAUGGCUGAUCAAGUACCACCACUGGGCCAUCUUCCUAGGAUAUUUGAGAGGAUGUUUGCGGAGAAUAACAGCAUACCAAAGUCUUGUGUUGAAGUUGUUAAUGUGCUAUCUGGAAGUGGAUUUUGUGUUCGCAAUAUGUCCAAGAUAGACACAGCAAUGAAAUCUCUGCUAGCUGCUAUGAAGAAGAGACCAGACUGUGUUAAUUCAGCUGCCGAGAGUAUCAGUAAAAUGAUGGAAGAAGGCUCACCUGAGCUGGUUCAUCAGGCACUAGAGCACGGGAUGGUAGCGUAUUUAUUGGAACUGCUGGACAGUGCUUUAACUGAGUGUGAUAAACCUUCGGCUACUAAAGCAAUCAUCGCAGAGUCUCUGAAACUAAUGGCCAAGGAUCUUGCUAAUGGAGAAAGGGUAAAUGAGUUACUAGAUAGCUCUAAAGUAUGGAGUGCCUAUAAAGAUCAGAAACACGAUCUCUUCAUUACUGAUACACCAAUAGCUGGUUACCUAACAGCUGGUAGUGUGGGGGGAGUUGCUGGGUAUCUUACAGCUGGUACUUCAAUAGGAUCAGGUGGAUCUGGAGCACCUCCUCCACUUGAACCUCCGGAAGAUGUUGGCGCCAACGAAGAUGACUAAUAUUAUUAUUAUUAUUAUUAUUAUUAGUAUUAUUAUUGUAAUUUUGCUAUUAAUAAUUGCUUCCCUUGAAAACUGAUUGUACAUGUCUUGUAUUGUUUUUUGAUUAUUUUUGAUCUGCUGUUUUGUAUUUAAAAACUUCUCUUUUGUGUUAUUAAUUUUAUUAUGAAUU